GCGAGGAGCGCCGGCGAGCGCAGCCCGGGACCGAGCAGGGCGGUGCGGCUGGCGGGGCAGGCGGCGGCGGCGGCGGCUGCGGCUGGAGCGAGAGCGCUACGCCACGCGACCGCGGCUUCCCGAGUUCCGCCUGGCUGCCCAGCGCCGCAGCCCGCCCGAGGCCUGGAGGGGUCCGGGUCGCCGUCCAUGGUCGCGGCGUCCUGAGGCGGGGGACGCGCCCGGCGCCCCCAGCCCUCCUCCGCCUCCUGCUGUCGGGCGGGCCGCCUCCUCGGGCGCCUCCCUGCGCCCGCCCGCCCGCUCGCCCGCCGCCUCCCUCCCUCCUUCCUUGCAGCUCCCCCGGCUUUCGGGGGCCCGGGGGCGGCCUGUGGCGCGCCGAGCCCGCGCCGGACUGCGCCUCUUUGGACCUUGAGGGGAAACAUGCGUUUGGCUUGGAUCGUUUUAAAUUCUUAGUUUGGGAUCCCCGCUCGCCUGCCUCUUCCGCCCGCGGGUUUUCUUUUCUUUUUUUCUUUUUUUUCCUUUUUUCUUUCCCGGUCUCCUUUUUUGACUCCCUCCCCCUUUAUGCUCGCCCAACCCUCCCCCCGCUGCUGAGAAGUGGGGGAGGGUCUCGGCCUCCAGGUUCCCGCCCCACCGGGGCCCGGGCGAGCAUGGGGGGCAAGCAGAGCACGGCGGCCCGCUCCCGGGGCCCUUUCCCGGGGGUCUCCACCGAUGACAGCGCCGUGCCCCCGCCGGGAGGGGCGCCCCACUUUGGGCACUACCGGGCGGGCGGCGGGGCCAUGGGGCUGCGCAGUCGCUCGGUCAGUUCGGUGGCGGGCAUGGGCAUGGACCCCAGCACGGCCGGGGGGGUGCCCUUUGGCCUCUACACCCCCGCCUCCCGGGGGACCGGCGACUCCGAGAGGGCGCCCGGCGGCGGAGGGUCGGCGUCCGACUCCACCUAUGCCCACGGCAAUGGUUACCAGGAGACGGGCGGCGGUCACCAUAGAGACGGGAUGCUGUACCUGGGCUCCCGAGCCUCGCUGGCGGAUGCUCUACCUCUGCACAUCGCACCCAGGUGGUUCAGCUCGCACAGUGGUUUCAAGUGCCCCAUUUGCUCUAAGUCUGUGGCUUCCGACGAGAUGGAAAUGCACUUUAUAAUGUGUCUGAGCAAACCUCGCCUCUCCUACAACGUGAUACCUAGCGAGAAAAGAGAGGAGAGUCCAGUCCAGUCCCGCUGAAGAAGCAAGCCCCAGGUCUCAUCCCCUUGCCUGGCUCCCGCCCCCUACCCCAGCCUGGACCUGACAGGACAGACAGAGCGCAGCUCAUGCAGCAAACUGUUUGGGACUGAGGGAAUUCUGACUUGCCCCUGGGCUCCCAGCUGACUCACCAAUCAGAAGGGGACGCUGAUUCGGAAUCAGUAAUGUUGCUGUGUUCCCAAGGAAAUCAUAAGUGAGGAGGGAAGCACGGAAAAGGGGCUGUAUCCCAGAUCCUCACUUUACAGAUGAGAUGCCGGAGACAGAGAGUGGGAAUAAAUGCCCAAGAAGGUCCGCAGCGACUGCCUUCUCAGAGCUGGUCUAUUUUUCCUCCCGUCUUUAUUGGAGUUUUUUCCUCCUAGUAUUUUAUUAUGAAAAAUGUCAAACGUACAGCAAAGUUGAGAGUUUUGCAGUAAAAACCAAAAUCCCCCCACCUAGAGUGUGCAUUGUACUGUACUUGCUCUAUCACGUCUCUCCACCCACCAAUCCGUAUUAUCCUUUCGAUACAUUUCAGAGUGAAAUGAAAACACUAGUCUGUUUCUUUAUUGGGGGUUGUUAAUUAUAAAAGUAAUGCCUGUUCAAACAAUUCAAAAAUAUAUAAAAAUAUUUUUCUUCUAAUCCUCCUUUCCUCCGCUACUAUUAAAGUGUGUGUUUCCCUCCAGACUUCUUCCUGGGCUUCCACAUACACAAAUAUUUAAAUGUGUAUGGUAUCUAGUGCUUUUUUAAAAAUGGGAUCAUACCCUUUUACAGAUGUGCCCCUUGCCACGUUUGGAGUCUGAGGUGACACUCCAGUGGCAGACCGACUGUGUGCUGUCUGCUCUUCCCUCCACGUCGCCCUUUCAGGUGGGCUCUGGGGCUUUGGGUUAGGCAGAUCUUAACAGAGAACAUGACCACAGGCUGUCCUGGUGGCCUGGAAGCUGAAAGUGACUUCUCUCCCAGCUCUUGUGCAUAAGGACUUAAGUAUUGAGUUGACUCUAUCUUAGUUGUUUUCCUUGGGGUUCCUGAUGGGGGGCUCUGAGUCACCAUACCCUUCUAGGCCAUGAAGAAUCCUCAUUUUAUGGGCCCCAGAUGCUUCCCCUUCCACUAAAGUUAUCAGAGGGCACAAAGAAACCGCAGUGGUGGAGGGCAGCCCCACAGAGGGUCCCUGGCCCUGCCCCAUUCAUGAGCCCUUUGACUUCGGCAAGGUGUCUGACUCUCUGGCUACAGUGUCCCCUUUUGCAAAACAGGAAUGACACCGUGUACCCUGCCCGGCUUGUAGGAUCCUGAGGCUCACUGAACACACGUGAAAUCUCAGUGUGUAUCGUUGGCAGUGUUCACGAUCGGUUAAAAUCUUUCAGAAGUGGGGAGUUGCCCUGCUUCAGGCUUUGCUUUCUUUACAUCCAGAACCUGUUCUCAGGGUACUUCUCCUAUGGUUCUGAGAACUUCUGGGUAACCUUUUGCUGACUUCACCUCUCUCACCUGCCUUUCAAAAAUUAGAAUUCACCUGGGUUCAGUCGUCUGCCUUCUUGAGAUUUGUCUAAGCUCUUUAUCCCACAUCCACCCCUGUUGCCCACAUCUCUCCUCUAAACCCCAGAUCUGGACUUGAAUGGACUCCAGCAGGUUUCCAUUAGCGCGUCCUGGGGGAGACGCCCGGUCAGCGCCUACCACCCAGCUCUGAGCUCAUCAUUACUUCCCAAGCUGGGCCUCCUUCUGGCUCCCUCUUGCUCUGACAAGUGUGCGCUCCCCUCCCCUGGCCCCCGUUUGCCCAGCUGCCCCAAUUCAUGCCAUCCACCUCCCCCCAUUGCUGGUGCCGGCCUUGAGUUCAUCUCUCCUGCACCCGGCAUUAGCCUCCAUAGCAGGCUCCCCAUCUGUGGGCUCUUCCAGUCAUUUCCAGUAGUUUCAGGAGACUAGAUGUGAUCAGUGCGUCUCCAAGGCCCUUCAGUGACCCAGAUAAAGGCCAGGUAGCACAGCAGGAUACAAGUCCGUCCUCAGGAAAUGGGUCUCACCUACCCCCCCCCCCCACGGCCCCAGGACUCUGCACCUACUACAGCAAACAUCCUGCCUUGCCAGGUGCACAGACGCUGUCCCCUUUGCCCGGAAUAGCCCUCCCUGAACAGUCCCCACCCCGACUGGGCAUCUCCCGUACUUCUCACAUCUGGAUCUGUGUGUGUCGUAAGACUUCCAGGAAUUCCUGUGCUGUUCAUUUCUGUCUUCUUGUUCAGCCGCCCCUGCUAGGCUAUGAGUUUCUUGAAUCCUGAGACCGUGGCUUAUUCACUGAGUCGCCAGUGCCCAGAAUGUCAUAGAAAUGUCGUAGGGGAUGCUGGCUCGGCCCCCUGCUGUGCUCGGGCUGUCCUGGCCACGGCUUUGCUUGGGGCCGUGGUGGGCAGCAGCUCCCUUCCAUUCCUUCUUUUCUGGUGGGGUGUGGGGUGUCUUUUCUAAAUAUUUAACUGAGUUAAAAUUUGUAUAACACACAAGUAACCAUUUUUACGUGUACAGUGCAGUGGCAUUUGGGACAUUCACAAUGUUGUGCAACCACCAUCUCUUGUCUAGUUCCAAACAUGUCAUCAUCCCAGAAGGAGCUCCUUGCGUGACUCCACUCACAUGAAGGAGCUAAAGCAGUCAACCCCAUAGAACCCGAGAGUAGAAGUGUUGACAGGGGAGAGGGAAACAGGCAAUUGCUAUUCAACUGGCAGAAGGUUUCAGGUAUGGGGCUUCCCUACAAUAGUAGACUGUACUCUUACAUUUUUAUUAAGAGGGUAGAUCUUAUGUUAAGAGAUCUCACGUUACCACAAGAAAAACAAAGGAAAAUCGCUUACUCAUUAAGCAGUCACUCCCUAGUGCCCCCUGCCCCCAGCCCCUGACCUACUUUUUUGUCUCUGAAUUUGCCUCCUCUGGACAUUUCACAUAAACGGGAUCAGAAAGCAGGUGGCCUUUUGCAUCUGGCUCCUUCCACUCGGCACCAUGUUUUCAAGGUGCACCCAUGUUGCAGCAGGCGUCAGCCCUCCACCCCUUUCCUGGCUGAGGGGAUACGCUGUUGUGUGGGUCCACGCGGUUCAUUUCUCCAUUCAUCCGCUGGCGGACCUUUGGGUUGUUUCCACCUUUGGCUCUUGUGAAUAAUGCUGCCGUGGACACACAUGUACGCGUAUUUGCUGGGGUACCCGUUUCUUCCCUUCACCCUUGCCUCGUACCACUCUCCUCAUCACCAUUUUUUCCAAACCAGAAAUCCAGUGCACCUGGUCUGUGUGUAUGUUUAGGGGGAAAGUCUGUUCAGGGAACCAUUCUGUCUCGUGCUGCCUCUGCUGCAUGUCUCCUCCUCUCCAAGCUUUUUUCGUCCUUCAUCACCUGGGCCGCUUACUUGGUGAUUAAUCCCAUUUUGUCUUCAGGUAGUUAGUGUGUGGUUUGCGUGUCUUGUGUCCACAGUGAGGACCUUUACAUCAAGGUCUCUCUCGGGCUUUCGCUGACUCAGGUGACCCAUGCAGUCCCAAGCAGCUCCUAGAUCCCUGCCUGCUGGUGACUGACCCCCCACUCUCCUCUGUCCCCCCU